CACUACUCUUCAUUCAAUCCAUUGGUCUGUACAAAUUCCAAAACUGUGUAUUUGGGAGAUACAUAAUUAAUAAUGAAUAGAAUUACGGGGUGGUUUGGGGCACUGUGAGCUGAAAACUAGAAGCAUCAUAAAUCAGGGAAAGGAAGUUUUUUCUUUCUUUCUUUGUUGGAUAGGAUGUGCUUAUAGGUUUUUUGCUUUGUAGGUUCCUAUAAUAAAGCACUACCAGCAGUUGACUUCGACUGUUUAAAAUCACGAUAUGUUUUUACUCAAAUGCGGAUUCUUUGUUUUUUAUGCAUAAGGGGCUUCAGCAAGCCCGUGCUCCGGUUUAUGAUGUGCCCUCUGCCAUUGACAUUCUCUUAACGGGGAGUUACCAGCGGUUGCCUAAAUGUAUAGAGGAUGUUGGUACUCAGUAAGUAUACCUUGAAUGAAGAACAGCAAAAGCCUGAGUUUGUGCGUUCGAAAUUUCUAUGAUACGGCAUUGAUUAAGGUGGAUAGAGAGUUUAAGGUUUUAGUGACUCUUGGUUACAGGAACACUUGUCAUGUGGAGGAUAUUACAUUUGGAGCUGCUUGUUGGUGAGAAGAAUAAACCUAUCAAACUGAAAUUAAUGCGGCGCCAUGUUCUCGGGGAUGAUCUAGAGAGACGAAUGGCUGCGGCAGAAAAUCCAUUUUCAAUAUUGUACUCGUUCUUCACGAUCUAUGUGUUUCACUUGUCAUGGAUACUGUCAUCAGGCAAGUGCAAGCUCUUCGACAGGGAAGAUGGAAAGAUGCAAUUCGAUUUGAGCUCAUAUCCGAGGGUGGAAUGGGUCAUGGGAAUCUGAUUCAUCCGGUCCUCGAACUGCUGGUUUAAAAAUCACAUACUGGCUGGAGUUCGAUAAAAUGCUGCAUGUCUGACUCAGGUGCAUGCCCAUUCAUAAAAAAUUGAGCCUGGGCCAGAUCUUCAGAUAAAAUGCAUACACAGCAAUUUUGUCAUAGAUCCACUAACAGGAAAGAGGCAGAGUUUUUCUUGGACCAAAGUUGUAUUGAUGUUGAGAGGUUGCUGUUAAGAGCUAUUAGCUGCAACCCGUGUACUAGUCUACUGGAAAUUAAAAGAGAACUGGGAAAAAAUAACCAAGUCUGUCGAGCAGCAGAUGAUGUUGUACUCCAGUCUCACUUGGGUGGACCUGAUGUUGAAUAUAAACAGAAGGAUGAUAAAUGCUUCAGGAAGGAAUCUGAAGGGUAUGAGGUGUUGCGUGUGCAUGCCUAUGCCUCAUGUUUUUUUACUCUUGGAGUUAAUAUCAGAAAUGGCCGUUUCCUUCUUCAAUCAUCGCAAAACAUAGUUGCUUCUUCAGCAUUGUUAGAAUGUGAAGAAGCUUUGAAUCAGGGAUCUAUGACUGCAGCUGAUGUAUUUGUAAGCUUGAGAAGCAAAAGUUUAUUGCACUUGUUUGCAUCUAUCGGAAGAGUCUUAGGGCUAGAGGUAUAUUUCCCUGUUUUCAUUCCUUUUAUUGUUAAAAGAAAAAGACAAAUUCCCAAACUAUUUUGGACUGAAUUUAAGUUGGUUAUUCAGAAAUGACUUACCUAAUUAUGGCGUUUCCAGACUGUGGGAGCUCUUAUUUCCUGAUGAUGGAACUUGAUAAGGAUUUUAAACCUUUGUUUAAGCUGUUAGAGACUCAGCCAGAUUCUUCUGGAAAAGAUACUUUAUUUGGUGUCCUUAAUCAGGUGCUG